UAAACUUUUUGUUUUUGUUUUUAAUAAUAUUUAAUUUAUUUGUACCAAAUCGAGAAGACUUCUUUCUCUACAUCGAUCUCAACUCAACGCAGAUACCAAAAACUCCAUUGCGGAUCGAUCAUCCUUCCCGAUCCUAUUCUUCAUUUUCUCAUACAGAAACGUAAUAAUGGUUUGCUUGGCAUGUCUCAUACCCAUUUUCCUUGUUCCCAUCGUCAACGUACUGCCUCUUUUCUUCUAUUACAUUAUGGGAAAGGUUUAUAGGCUUCUUGGGUGGGAGUACAGAAGGCCGGAGCCCUCUCCGGCCGCUUGUCCUUUCAAACCAGCAGCUAAAAAGGAAAUCCAAGCUGGGGAAGGAGCUGUGCCUGGUCCGGGAGAGUCUGUAUCCAAACCGGCAGGACUAGUGGAUAGCAAGGAAGACUGAAGUUUUACUUUUUGUGCUUGAAGGUGUAUAUAUAAGAAUCUCGGCCUUUUUUUGUGGUAAGGGAAGGCCGGGCCUUAUUAAUAUUUCUUGGGUCUAGAGAGAACUGAUCUCAUUCUUCUGUAGCUGGUUUUACAAAAUGUAUGGAAACUUAUAUCUGGUCUAAAUGAUCUUUACAUUUAUUUUAUUUUCUUUGUUUGGGGUACCUCAUCUCAUGAAUGAUACUAAAAGGUUUCCAAAUUUUGGAUUGAAGAAACCAA